AUGAUAUUCAGCAAGGAACAACAGCAGAAAAAGUCAAAUUUCGAUUAUAUAGAAGAACUUGAAAAACAAAAUCACAUGGAAUGUAAUCAAGAAGAAUUAAAAGAAGAAUAUGAAGGGACGGUUUUUGAAGAAAAAGAAAAAGAUCUAUCAAUUUUAGGACUCGUAUUAGAAGUCGAAGCAAAAGAAGAACAAGAUCAUAUAUUAGCAAAAGAAAAAAUAAUUUUCAGUUAUUCACCAGUAGUUACGCCUUCUGGUAGACCUCGUGGUAAGGCAUCGUUAGUGGCUUAUAAACAAAAAGAUGAUGAAAACCAUCAAAAUAAAAUUAAUAAAAAAAGAAAUUAUAAACAUGUUUCACCAGAUAUAAAAAGAUAUAAUUAUAAACGUAAUGAAAACGUUGAUUCAGUUCGUGACGUUUAUGAUAAUACAACAUGGUUAACGGAUUUUCAUAUAUACUUAUUCUUCGAAUUAUUACAUGAACAAUUUCCAACAUUAAUGGUUUAUGUGGUCCAGCACAAAUUAAAUUAUACACAGGUUCAUUGA